AUGUCCACCCUCCAGGCGCUGUGUUCUGGCCUGCCCCUGCGGCCUCUGCCAGAGAACCGGGGACGCUGGGCCGAGGUGCCCCAUGCCCCAGUCAGGACCCCUGGCCUAAGCCCUGCAGAGGAGCAGCUAGCGCUGAGGAAUGCCCUGCGCUACUUCCCGCCGGACGUGCAGGAGCUGCUGGCCCCCGAGUUUGCCCAGGAGCUGCGACUGUAUGGGCACAUCUACAUGUACCGGUUCUGUCCUGACAUUGAAAUGAGGGCCUAUCCUAUUGAGCAGUACCCCUGCCGGACGACAUCGGCUGCAGCCAUCAUGCACAUGAUCAUGAACAACCUGGACCCCGCCGUGGCCCAGUUUCCCCAGGAGCUGGUGACCUAUGGAGGAAACGGGCAGGUGUUCAGCAACUGGGCUCAGUUCUGGCUGACCAUGUCCUACUUGUCGAAGAUGACAGAGGAGCAGACUCUGGUCAUGUACAGUGGACACCCACUGGGCCUGUUCCCCAGCAGCCCUGGCACCCCACGGCUGGUCAUCACCAAUGGCAUGGUCAUUCCCAACUACUCCUCCAGGACAGAGUAUGAGAAGCUCUUUGCCUUGGGGGUUACAAUGUAUGGCCAGAUGACAGCAGGCAGCUACUGCUACAUUGGUCCCCAAGGAAUCGUCCACGGCACAGUGCUCACCGUGUUGAAUGCUGGGCGUCGGUACCUGGGUGUCGAGGACUUGUCUGGGAAGGUCUUUGUCACCUCUGGGCUUGGCGGCAUGAGUGGGGCUCAGGCCAAGGCUGCGGUCAUCGUGGGGUGCAUCGGCGUGAUAGCAGAGGUGGAUAAAGCAGCCCUAAUGAAACGCCUCAAGCAAGGCUGGCUGAUGGAGGUGACCGACAGCCUGGACCACUGCAUUGGGAGACUCAGGGAGCGCCUGGUCCACGAAUUGGACGCUACCGGAGAGUGCUUAGUGGACCUCGGCUCAGACCAGACAUCCUGCCACAACCCAUUCAAUGGUGGAUACUACCCUGUGCAGCUCAGCUUCAAAGAGGCCCAGGACCUCAUGGCCUCCAGCCCUGCUGCCUUCAAGGUCCUCGUCCAGGAAAGCCUGAGGAGGCAAGUCUCAGCCAUCAACAGGUUGGCCGAGGAGAACUUCUUCUUUUGGGAUUACGGCAAUGCUUUCCUCCUGGAGGCACAGAGAGCAGGAGCAGACGUGGAGAAGAAGGGCUCCAAUAAGGCAGAAUUCCGCUACCCCUCAUAUGUCCAACACAUAAUGGGGGACAUAUUCUCCCAGGGAUUUGGGCCUUUCCGCUGGGUGUGCACAUCAGGGAACCCCCAGGACCUGGCUGUCACGGACCAGCUGGCCACGUCUGUGCUGGAGGAGGCCAUUGCUGAUGGAGUGGAGGCGUCAGUGAAGCUGCAGUAUAUGGACAACAUCCGCUGGAUCCGAGAGGCCGCCAAGCACCGGCUGGUGGUGGGCUCCCAGGCGAGGAUCCUGUACUCGGACCAGAGGGGCCGUGUGGCCAUUGCUGUGGCCAUUAACCAGGCCAUCGCCCGCAGGCAGAUCAAGGCACCGGUGGUUCUGAGCCGGGACCACCACGACGUGAGCGGCACUGACAGCCCCUUCAGGGAGACCUCCAAUAUCUACGAUGGCUCUGCCUUCUGUGCAGACAUGGCCGUGCAAAACUUCGUGGGAGAUGCCUGUCGCGGAGCCACCUGGGUUGCACUUCACAACGGAGGCGGUGUGGGCUGGGGUGAGGUCAUCAACGGGGGGUUUGGCCUCGUGCUGGACGGGACCCUGGAGGCUGAGCAGAAAGCCAGGAUGAUGCUCAGCUGGGACGUCUCCAAUGGUGUGGCCCGGCGCUGCUGGUCCGGAAACCAAAAGGCCUAUGAGACCAUCUGCCGGACGAUGCAGGAGAGCCGCGGCUUGGUGGUGACGCUGCCCGAGGCAGUGGAGGAGCACGUGCUGCAGCGGGCCCUGUGGCCCUGA